AUGACCCUGAGCGCGCCCGCCAACCUCAACUUCGGCGACCUCGACGCCGGCGCCGCCGGCGUCCGCGCGCCCGGCCCGCUGUCGCCGGCGCCGGCGCUGCGCGCGACGUCGUCGUGCCACCUCCCGUCCAUCCCCGAGUGCGGCCCCGCGGCGGCGGCGGCGCUGCUCGCGGCGCAGCAGCAGCAGAUGCUACAGAUGCAGCAGCUCGUGGCGGCUCAGCAGCAGCAGCAGCAGCAGCAGCAGCAGCAGCAGCAGCAGGCCGCGCCGUCGAACCGCCCCGCCAAGAUGCGCGCGUGCAGCGUCGAGCCGCAGCACGCCGCGGCGGCGGCGAGCCCAGCCGGCGCAAGCGCAUCCCCCCCGUCGCCAGCGCUGCCCAGAGGCGGUGACGCGGCGUCGCCGGCGCCCCUGCUGCUCCUGCCGCAGGGGCAGCCGCUGACGCAGGCGCAGGCGGCCGCGUGGCCGCUGUGGCACAGCGGCGAGAGCUGUUUCACCGACGGCCCCGCCUUUGUGGGUUCGUUGAGCGGCACAUCCCUCGCCGCUGCCGCCGCCCCCGCCGCGGCGCCGCCGCAGCAGCAGCAACCGCAAGGCGGCGCGCCGCAGACGCUGGCCGGCGUGCAGUGGCAGCAGCAGCUUCCAGGCAGCUUCUCGUUUUUCUGA